UUUAUAUUUUGAUUGGUGUAAAAAUACAAGGAAAUUAAAACUUCUAGAAAAUACUGAUGGUAAUUUAUGUCGAGCAACUGAUGAGCGAACAUAUCGAUUAACUGUUAAAUUAUGUCCACCACCAGAGGAUCCAUUAUUUACGCUUUGUUCCGCAUUCUCGAAAUCAGUAUGGCAAAAAGAUUAUUGGCAAAAACAAGGUGCUGUUGAUGUUUGGAUGAAAUUUUAUGAAAGAGGCGAAACAAGAGCUGAGAUAAGUUUAUCAGUGAUGGAAAAAGAAUUUUUUGCUCAAUUAGAUAAUCCAUUACUUGGUAAAGCAUUUAAAUUAGCAAUGAUAGCUGAAUGGCUUGCUGCUAAUAGCAUUGAUCAAGGUUCAUAUACUCCAACAAAUUCUGAAUUAUUGGAAUAUUGGGUUUCGAAACGGGUACCAGAUCGUUUGCUUGCUUGUCAACAUGCAGUUGUAGAUUAUGAAAUUGAGGGUGCUAAAGUGAAAACAAAUUUGCUAUUUGAAGCAGCUACGACAGCUAAUUCAUUACCAAAUAUAUUCAAGGAUAAAAGAUGUAGCGCAUUUGAAAAACUUCAAGAAAGCCGAUUUCAAGCGGAAGCAGCGGAAUAUAAGCGUAACAAUGGCCGUUCAAAUAUUCUUAGCGGUCUUGGCAAUUUCUUUAGUAAUAUUAAUAACAAUAAUAAUAAUAAUAAUGGCAGGUAA